AUGCCAACUGUAGAACAAUAUGCUGGCACCACGGAUCCAGAAGAUCACUUGGAAACCUUCAAGUCCCUCUUGUUCUUUCAAGGCGCCUCUGAUGCUAUAAUGUGCAGGGCUUUCCACUCCACCCUGAAUGGAGCGGCGUGGCAAUGGUUCUCUCAGCUCCCUCCAUGGUCUCUUUCCAAUUUCACCGACUUGGGACGGGCCUUCUUGGCUCACUUUGUGAGUAGUAGGGUUCAUAAGAUGACAACCGCUAAUCUACUGGCCAUAAAGCAAUGCCCCAAUGAGUCCAUUAGGGGUUUUCUUACCCGGUUCAAUAAAGAGGCUUUGGAAGUGCAAAAUUUGGAUUCAAUAGUGGAGUUCCAGGCGCUGCGUAGCGGAAUACGAGAUGCCGAGUUGAAAAAAUCAUUGAUCAUGGAUGAACCAGGAGAUAUGUAUGAAUUGUUUUCUAGAUGUGAAAAAUAUAUCAAUUUGGCAGAAGUUCUUGCAGCCGAGAAAGAAGAUAAAGCUGAGAAGAAAGUUCAAGAAAAGGAGGAGAUCCCUCGCGAAGCUGGUGCAAAGCGUCAUCGAGAUGAUAGAGAUGGCGGAAGAAAGAAAGAUGAUAGGAAAGUUUGGGUUCCCAGAGCUACUGAUUUGGGAUCCGAGCCAGUCUAUACAGCCCUGACUCAUACCCGAGCAUAUAUACUAAAUGAAAUUAAAGAUCAAGUGACCCUACAGUGGCCGACCAAGAUGGUUAAACCGGCGCAUGAGUGCAACAAAAGCAAGUACUGUCUCUUUCAUCAAGAUCAUGGUCACGAUACCAAGGAGUGCAGACAGCUGAAAGAUGAGCUUGAGGCUCUCACUCAAAGAGGGCGCCUAGGUCGAUUUGUCAAGAAAGAAGGAAAUGAAUGCAAGCCUGAUUACCGUGCUCGGGAGCCAAAAGAAACUCCAAGGCCAUCCACACAAGCUGAAAAAGGAGGACUCCCCCGAGGUAAGCCCCAUACUGAGAAUGUACCCUUAAGGGAAAUAACCACCAUAUUUUGUGGACCUGGUAUGGCAGGGGAAACCUCAAAUUCCUAA